AUGGAGGACAUAGACGCUGAAUUCGGGCAGGUACGGAAAUCGCGGCUUCAAGUCGACCCCGACAGUAUUACACGGGAUCUUUCCGCAGACUACGAGCAACAGGCAUUUCUGCGGAAAAUUCAACUGGUUACAGGUGGGAAAUCGCGAUCCGGAGGGCACACUGAUUCACAACUAGUAGGAAAACGGCCUAUCUCUCAGGAUCUCUCAGAGGAGCCGGGCACGAAGCGCAGCAAGACCAAUACAUCGGCGAUCCAACACGCCAGUUUUUGCCAAUUCCAGACCCACUUACUCAAACAGCUAAAUAAUACACUACCACCGAGCAAGUCGCGACUGCCUGGUUUUGUCCAGGAGGCCAAUCGGGAAAUCGAGCGUAUUCUGAAGCAGUCGAUUGUUCAGAAGGAGAGCCAUUCGGCCAUCGUGGUGGGUCCCAGAUCACAUUACAAAACAGCCAUCAUCAACCACAACCUGGCGUUGAUGGCCCAAAAAUACGCCCAGCAAUUUGUCACUAUUCGCUUGAAUGGGCUCAUCCACACGGAACACGCGGCCAUCAACAGUAUCGCCUACCAACUGGAGUCCAAGCUGCGAACUCUGCAUGGCAAUAAGAAUGGCGACCUGCAGAUAAGCUCUGGUUCGUUAACCGAAGUUUUCGAGAAGAUUUUGCGGCUCAUCGACGCCACGACGGUAGGGAACAACAACUUCUCAAAUUCAUCGCGGACCGAAAAGGUGUCCGUUCUGUUCAUAUUUGACGAAAUCGACACAUUUGCGGGACCGCUACGACAAACGCUUUUAUACAACCUUUUCGACAUGGUGGAACACGCGCGAGUCCCGGUCUGUAUCUUAGGCUGCACCACAAAGAUCAACGUGGUAGAGCACCUAGAAAAGCGAGUGAACAGUCGUUUCUCACAACGUAUCAUUCAUAUCCCGACUGUAAAAACACUAGAAACUUUUGUCGAUGCCACUAGAGAACAGCUAACAGUGGAGCUUCCGAAUGAGUUUACCGACACUUGGAACCAACUUUUAGCACAAAAGUUGAAAGACGAAACUUGCAACUUCUUCAAGAUGAUUAAAAAUAACUACGAAACUUUCAGGUCACUCGUUCUUCUCAAAAACAGCAUGUUCGGUCUCAUCGCCCGGGCCAAGACCAUAGAAGAACUCAUUGAGGGUCUCGAAAAUUGCAAACCGAUGGAUGCCUACAAUCAAAACCAAUUUGAUAACUCAUUGAGUGCUAAAGUGAAGUCUCUAUCUGAUCUAGAGCUAGCUCUGAUCAUCGCUGCUGGCAGAGUCUCGCUCAAGACGGAGGACAAUGUUAACUUCAACCUAGCAUACGCGGAAUACUCAAACAUGGUGAAGGAUGUCAAUAAAAAAAUGCCAAUUAUUCCCCAGGCAUCAGGAACUUCAUUGGUGUUAGAGAGCACGCUGCGCGUGUGGGGCAAACAGGACGUGAAAAAUGUAUGGGAAAACUUAAUCGAUCUAGACCUCCUUGCCGAAAAGGGCUCGGUAGGACUCCGGAUAUCAGCACUUGCCGCCUUCCAAGCCAGUAACUAUCAUGCCAUGGGAACCACUAUCCCGUUUGACUUGAGGACCUAUCAAAUGCAAAUAACCCUUCAAGAACUGCGACGCACAGUACCUAAGUCUUCCGUUUAUUACAGUUGGACUCAAUUAUAA